CUUCGAUACUUGUGUUGUCCAUCCGGCUUCUUGAGCUUCAUUUCCAGUUACCGGCUCGCCUUCGGCCCUUAUUUGUGGAGAAUCCGGAACCUCAAUCUCGCAAGCUACCCCUUUUCCAGGUUGAGGAUACUCCUCACUGACAGAUCUGCCAGUGUUCCAGGGACCCUUCAUCAAGACUCCCUGUAACUGGGUGCCUGGUCUGCCAUGUGUGUCGCGUUCUGGUCCUUGGAGCAUCCUGCGUAUGCAUUAAUCCUAUGCAGCAAUCGGGAUGAGUACCUGUCCCGGCCAACGGCGAAUGCACAUUUCCAUUCCUUUGAGCCCGUUGGCCGCGCUGAGGACCCGGAUGGGAAGGUCUUAUCUGGCAGAGACUUGCUCGCCGGAGGGACCUGGGCGGGCGUGAACCGCUCUGGAAGAGUCGCGCUCCUGACCAAUAUCACGGAGCCCCCAGGGAAGUACGCAUCUAGCCGGGGCGAGCUGGCGUCGUCCUUCCUACUCCCGAAGACGCCGACAGCAACACUGCGCGAUGAACUCGAUAAGCUCCUCGCUGAGAACGGCAGGUUCGCUGGGUUCAAUCUGCUCCUCCUUGCUCCUCGGAGAGAACACACGGAAGGCGGGCGCAAAUUGUGCUUCGACUCAGCAUUCGUGACAAAUUCUGGCGGGGGCGGCAGGGUAACCGCACGCGGGCUCUCGGAUGCCGAAAGGCGAUGCGGAGGACUGUCCAAUGGUAUUGAUUGUGCGGGCGCGAACGAGUGGCCAAAGGUGAAGAAGGGCACGCGAGCGCUGCAAGAUGUGCUCGAGACCGCCACAGAAGGCAUCAGCGAAUCCAAACUCGUGGAGCGGCUGUUCGAACUUCUGACUUGGACAAGUGAUCCUGCACCCGUAGACCGCGCCGCACUCCGCAAUACAAUCCGAGUAGACCCUUUCCUCACCCAAGUGCCUCAGUCAUCAGAUCGCAAGGAGUACUACGGCACCCGUCUUUCCACCGUAUUGCUUGUCAGAAAGGAUGGGGGCGUUUGCUUGGUAGAGCGAGACGCGUGGAUGCUGGAUCCGCAUGGGGAUGUUGUGGAGGCGGACGCCAAGGGCCAGCGCGUCUUCCACUUCCAAAUAGACCUGGAGAGUAAUGACGAUCAAGUGUGAAAUUGCCAAGGAAAUCCAUGCUAGAUGUCUAUAAGACGCUAUACGCUACAUUGUACCAG